GUGUAGUGGCUCAGACAGCGAGAGGAGGCGGCUACACACACACACUCGGAUCUGCUCUCACACAAUUUGCCCCAAACAGGAGACAUAACACACACACUCACACACGCACGUGUGUCUUAACAAAAGAGGACCAGACAAAGGCCACACACAGGAACAGGAGAAGAGAGAAGAGAAGAGAAGAAAAGAGAAGAGAAGACAAGAGUGUGUUUGAGGCAGGAAGUGCUCAGCAUCCCUAAGCCAGAGGGCGACCGCGGAGGGCAGGCAUGUCUUCCCUCUCCAACCAGCCUCCAGGCUCUCCUUUCUCAGAGUACAGUGAGCUCUGCAAGGUGCCCCCCAUGUCAGGAUCUCCAGCUCCACAGACCUGGGACUGGCAGCACCAGGACCUGGGGACCCCCAAGAGCCUUGCUGGGGUCCCCCACACCAGCGGGCUGACUGACGAGGACAAGCUGUGCUUCUUUGACUCACCUCCAGGGGGCAGUAUGGUGGCCGACCUGAAGGUGCCAGGUGGACGAGGGACGAUCCCCGGGAGCGGGUCGUUCCUGGGAAGCACCGGUGAGAGUCCGGACAGCCCGUUGUCGUCGUCGCCCUCGGCCGCCUCGCCGGGAAACUUCCCACGAUCCCUUGCAGGCGUUGGGAAUAACGGAGUGGUCCUGCCCGCGGCGAGUGGCUCGCCAAUCCAUCGCCACGGUGACUUUGUGUCGUCGUUGCCGAGUCCUCUGAGUCCGGCCAAUCCCACGGAAUGGAACCCGAUGUUCUCCAGACCGCUCGCGGACCAGAGCCCCAGAUCCCCCGUCGGACAGCAGGGUUCGCCCAACUACUGUGUCAUUGGCGUCGUCAACGACAACUACAUGGAGGGGGGGGACGCAGCGGUGGCGGCGGCGGUUCGCCAGGGCGCGGAAGGGUCGUCGGAGGAUGAGGAAGAGGAAGAAGAUGAGGACCUGAAGCCGUGCUUCAUGGGCCGCGCAGAGCAGCAGAGGAAGGCCAUGCGGCGUGCCAUGUCCGAGUGCUCGCACCUCGCCGUGCCCGCCAGCCUCCAGCUGCCCGACAAGUACCCCGGUGGGGCAGACCUCAACGAACUGCCCUCCCCAGGUGCAGGCGGUCUGCGCCGCGCCAACCCAGCCUCCAUGAGGCGCUCGCUCACCGUGACCGACGACCAGCCACCCACUCCUCCACCGACGCUCGGGCCGUCCGGCACGGGCCGCAACGACCUGCGGCAGGAGCUGGACACCAAGCUGCCCCUGGUGCCCUUCCCGCCACUUCGGGACCUGGCGAGGGGCCCACUGUCGCCCAUAGAGGGCCUGCUGGAGGGCGCGAUUGUGGAUAAGGACGAGGGCGUGCUGCUCCCCGUGCCCCCGACCCCCAAAGCCUUCAACGGGACGGGCGGAUGCCUGGGGGGCAAUGCCAACCCUUUCGCAAUGGCAACAGAGGACAAGACGGAUAAGCCUCACAAGAUGGAUGGCUUCCAAACAUUUGACGACUUUGACAUGUUUGAUAAAGCAGACAAGACCGAGAAGGCAGAGCCAAAAGGCAACCUGGAGAAAACAGAGAAGAUUGACAUGUUUGGAAAGUUGGAGAAUCUCGACAAAAUGGACAAGGACGAGAAGGCGGACACAGUCCGGAAGGCAGAGAAAGACGAGCACAAAGAGAAGGAUAAAAUCGAGCCUGUCGAUUCAAAGGCAAAGACCGACAAACCUGAAACGCCUCAGAAAGUUGAAAACGCAGAGAUGAAAGAUCAAUCUGAGAAAGCCAAGGAAGCUGAUAAGGUUGAAAAUGUGGACCUGGCUGAAAAGGCGAAAGAGACUGACAAGGCAGAGAAAGGUAAAGAAACAGAUAAGAUAGAAGAAGUUGAAAAAAUGGAAAUGGCUGACAAAUUUGAAGCUAAGCCAGAGAAACAGGAAGUGGAGAAGGUGGACACGACUCCAAAAACAGACGACAAGAAAGUGGAUAAGAAAGAUGACAAGUUGGAGAAGAAGGAGGAAAAAGUAGAAAAGGAGGAAAAAAUGGAGAAGAAAGAUGAAAAAGUAGAAAAGGAGGAAAAAAUGGAGAAGAAAGGUGAAAAAGUAGAAACAAAGGAGGAAAAGGUAGAGAAAAAAGAAGAGGUGGUAAAGAAGGAAGAAAAGAAGGGAGAAAAGGUGGCACAGAAAGCUGAAAAGGAGAAAGCUCAAACACCAGCCAAGACUGACAAGAAGGAAGGAGUGGACAAACUGAGCAAGGCAGAGAAGCCCGAAAAGAAAGAGAGCGCUGAGAAGAAGACGGCCAAAGUGGCGGAGAAGAACGACAAAACUGACAAGGCCAAAAAACCUGCAGCUAAACCAGCAGCUACCAGCAAGGACCUCAGCAGCAGCCCAGAGAAGAAGACCAAGCCCGUUGCCGGGGCGACCAAACUGGUCGCGGCCAAGCCUCGGCCGAGCUCAGUGGCAUCAGCGUCUGCAACUGUUGCCCCCAAACGUCCGACCCCAGCCUCCACCACCACUGCCUCCACCCUCAGUAAAAGAGCCCCUGUGCCUAAGGCCCCUACCCCUUCCACUAUCCCAAAGCGGCCCUCGACCGCCACCACCCGACCCCCCACCUCUACCAUCUCCUCCACAGCUGCCAGAGAGGUCAAACCCAAGACCACCACAGAGAAGCGCCCCCCAGUGCCAAAGGCGAGUACUGCCACCCCCUCAGCCCGCGUCACAGCCACUAAGAAUGGCACCACCACUGCCACAGCAACCAGCAAAACUACCACGGCAACCCGCACGUCACUCACAGCCCGCACCACAGCGAGCGCUCCGACAGCACGGCGCUCCAUGGCAGCGAAGACUGACAGUAAACCUGGAGAGGAGAAGAAACCCAGCACUCUGAGGAGCUCAGACUCCAAGACCACCUCCAGGCCCUCGACGAGCGCCAGCACUGGGGCCGCUGCCCGCCCACGCCCCACCACCACCACCACCAGGACCCCCAGCAGCACUGCCCCGUCCUCCUCCUCCGUGCCUGAGAGGAAACCCCCCGUGCCCCGCGCGCCCCGCCCCAGCACCGGCACCGCCACCAAGACCCGCCCGGCCACCGCACCCACACCCGACGUCCGCAAUGCCCGCUCCAAGAUCGGCUCCACGGACAACAUGAAGCACCAGCCUGGCGGAGGAAGGGUUCAGAUAGUCUCCAAAAAGGUGGACUACAGCCACGUCACCUCCCGCUUGGGCUCCAAGGACAAUAUCAAGCAUGUUCCUGGGGGAGGGAACGUCCAGAUCCUCAGUAAGAAGAUGGAUGUUAGUAAGGUGACCUCAAAAUGUGGUUCCAAAGACAACAUUAAGCACAAGCCAGGCGGCGGAGAAGUGAAGAUUGAGUCUCACAAGGUGGCCGUCAAGGGCCAGCCAAAAGUGGGCUCCAUGGAGAACGUCAAGCAUGAACCUGGUGGUGGUAACAUUAAGGCUGAGGGGGCGCAGGAGGCAGCUGAGGGCACAGGGGCUCCCUCUAGUGGCGGCCAGGCUGAGGUGCCGGUGGCCAGCCCCAUGCCGGCCCAAGCACAGGCCCAGGAGAAUGGGCUGAUGAAGGAAGGGCCACCCUGCGGGAGCGAGGGGCUCCGGGACCCCCAGCAGGGCCUGGACUCACGCAUCCCUGAAACAAAUGCAGAUUGAGUCUUUCAAGCUCAACUUCCGUGAGAACGCGCGCUCUCGCACGGACCACGGCGCCGACAUCAUAUCCUGGCCAGCCCUGGGUGACAGCCCUGCCCACAGACCCCCCCUCCACCACCCAACCCCCCGCAGCAUCUCGCUCCACGACUCCCUGGCGUCUGCCAUGCCCCGGUCCCGCUCCCUCUGCCCCCUCCCCCUCACCCCCCCUCAGAAGGAGCAUCGGGGCAACGAGGGCAACCUCGCCGAACACCACAGGACGUGACCCCUCCCACCUACCCGACAUCCAUCCCAACCCACCACCACCCUCAUUUCAUCCCAACCUGAUCCCUCUUCACGGUCUGCUCUCCCCUAAUGCUGUCUGUGUGUCCUCUUACCCCCUGUUCCUUCCUGACUCACCCUUAUUGGCUAAGCUGGUAUUUGGCUGUAUAUAUGCUGAGCUUCGGGCCGGGCAAGGGUUUUAUGAUGAAGGGGGGCGAGGGGUGGGUUUCGAGGCUUCCUGGAGUUUCACUACUGUGCUCGCCUGUAUCUCUCCGGUUCUAAACUAAAUGACUUUGUGUUUGGGGCUCUUUGUGGUGGGAGGGUUUAGCAGCUGGACCUCUUGGUUCUGGGGACAGCUUGUUUGUUUGUUUGUUUGUUUGUUUGUUAUAUUUCCCUGCUGGGUGACAUUCACAGAGUCCUGUGUUCUCCCUCUGCUGCCUCUUUCCCACAGUGUUCACAGUGAACUCAACCAUCUUCAUCCUCUGACUCCCACUGUCUUCUCUGCUCCAUCUCACUCAUAUUUACUCACAGCGCAGAACACCUCAGUCUUAUUUACAGUUUAGCAUCUGGUAAACGCAGUAUAUCCCUCUGGCUGUAGUGAUUUAAAACAAGACAAACACAAAAAAAAAAAAAAAAAAAACAGUGAAUUGUGAAUCCUGUAUCAUGUUCAACACUGACUCGUUUAACACUAUCAUAUAUUAUUCACACCACAUGGCGUAUAGAGUUGCUGGUUUGGCUGUAGGCCAUUAAGCGUCCUUACAUUGUGAGGAUCUGGGCUGAUGUAUGGAUUCCCUCUCAUUUCACACAUUCUUCGGCUCCCCUGUGUGGCAACCUUGUGUCCUGCCUGUUCAGUAUGAGAGCAUUCACAUUCACAAUAUAUAGUCUCUUUUAGCAGUUAGGCUCUUUAAAACUCUAAAAAAAACUCUGUGUUUCGUGAUGGUGUGUUUGAGUGAUAAUUGUAACACUGAGCUUUGUUGUUGCGUUAAUUUCUGUUCUUUGGAUUUGUUUCUUCUGAGGAUUUUUCUGGCUUUUUGGGUUUUCCUUCACUAGUCUUUGGUUUUAGUUCUGUAUAUUUUCCCUGUCUCUCGGUCUCUCUAUCUGUCUUUUUCUCUCAGCUCUUGGUUUUCCUCAUUCUCUUGAAGCAAUACGACGUUUGCCUACAAGGAUGCACAAAUCCUCGCAGCUUACACACACACAUUUUCAGACCACAGCAGAUCCAUUCUGAUCUGGUUUAGAUCCGGGUAGUAGCAGGCCUAAUGGGCACUGCUCUUUUCUGAAGCCCAAGACUGAGGUAGUAUGUCGACAAGAGAAGGAUACAGGUUCAAGUCGCAAAUCAGUAAGGUUGUAAGGUGUGUUGACCUUCAUGUUUUUAACGGUUAACUGAAACAAUUACCUAGCUUUGAACGGUUGAUGUGUUACAGUUGGUUUAGAUCGACUUGUUUUCUGCUUUGACAUGUUUGAAUAGUAAGGCUCGUGGAAGUUGUACUUAGGGGCUGAGGAUGUGUCUGUGUCUGGUGAAGGAAGUUGGAGAGCUAGUGUUCAGUAUGUGCCUCCUUCUCUCUUUCAUUUCUUACCUGAAAUCCUACAAGGAACGUCGACCCACAACAAUAACACACAGGGUCCUGUCAAGGGAGAGAUACGUAGACUAACAGAAUGUUAUCCUUUGAAACUACAAAACUUAAUCAACCAAUAUUCGUGCUUCAGGAGAAUCCUUCUGAACAGUGUACUUGUGACUAGCCGUGCUUGCUAUCCUGUGGCUGGUGUCCUCUUUCUGAGACGUGUUGUGUUAGUUUGGCACGGUUUUGGACAAGUGCCAGAAAACGGCAUGUUGGUGUUUCAUCAGGACUUGAUGAGUGGACUCGUAGAUGAAGCGUACUCCUCAAGUAGCACUUUUUUUCGUACAGUUGCCUCUAAAUAGCCUUUGUUGUGCGUUGACAAAUAUCGUGCUGUUUUUUCCCCCUAAAAGCCUACACGUACAUGCUUAUAAACAGUAUUUAUAUAAUGACUUGCGUUUCUGUGGCUUAGACUCCAGGUUCUUCUGAAUGUUGAUAAGCGUUCGACUUUUGAGAGGAGGCUGGUGAGGACAGUGUGUUGAAGAUUGACUCAAGUUUGCAGGAUUGUGCGCCUUUUCAUUUUCUUUCUCAUAGACAGGCAUAGGACAAGACCCACACACAGAAUGGAGUUGCAAAGAUUUUGAAUAUCAAGAAGUAACCACACACAAGAACAAAACGAGAUGUACUUUAGAAGGAAUCAGGAUACAUGCACAGCCUGAUUUCCUAACAAAAAAACCUUACAGAUAUGCUGAGCUAUUUUAAGUACUCUAUUUUAAGCACCUUAAGGCUUAGCAAUGUCACAGAGAGUCGUGAGUGAAGGUAUCCUUUGAGAACUGCUUCUAGUCUGUGGAGGUGAUUCAGUGCCCCAAACUUGUGAUUGCUAGUGCAAGGAUAAUCUGUAGAAUUGGCCUCGGACAGCUUUGAAAUAUUUAUUCUAUUUGUAAGGGUUCCCUGAAGAACUUUCCUUUGUUCGCUGUUGUAGCCAAGACAUAGCAAUACUAAUACAUGAAAUAAUGAUGUAUGAAUAAUGAUUUAUCAUUGUGCUGAACAAAUAUCCCAAGUUGAUUUAUUAUUUUAAUUAUGUAUUUUCCUCUAAAAAAAAUUACUAUGGUCGUGUGCCUGAAUGAGUUUAUCUAAAGCGAAGCCGGCAGCUUCUGUAGUUGAUAUGACCCACAUGAUGACCAGGGUCGGACCAGAUUCCGGUGUGGUGGGGGAGGGGCUCAGUGUCUGUGGACUGCAGGUUGCCGUCUGUUAGACAGGGGUUCCCUUGGGGAACCGCUCUCUGCCGGUUCCCAGUGACCUAGCUGGUGAUCACGGCCGCGUUUUACAGGUGGCUACAGUUACUCACACUUGUGUUUAUCCUGCUGGUUCUGGUAUCUACAACAGUUACCACUCACACUAACCCCACCAUUACUGACGCUUUAGGCUUGCAGUUCUCCCUCUGUAAUCACUUCGAUUUGUAUAUAAAUAUAUAUAUUUUACAGUUUAUAAACCCUUUCUCAUGAUCAGAUACACACGCCAUGCAACGCAUCAUGUAAUGUUAGAAUAUAAACAAAAGCAAUUAUAUGCUAUCAGUGAAAGCACAUUGACGGUUGAAGAGAAGCUACAUCAUUGCUUUUUGCAACUUUAUGUACCCUUCUGAUUUUUAGGGAGAUUUUUUUCCAUUGCUAUAGCAAAUGUGAUCAAUUAAAAAGGGCUAAGUAAACGAAUGUUUUUAAAGCAGAACUUUUAAAAGGCACCAAACUGAAGUUUGUUCUGAUCUUAGUGUGUUACUUGCAUUUUGGUUUGAUAGUUGAGGGCCAGGAGAGGCGUGGAGGAGUAGUUCUCCAGAGUGGUUCCCCACCCAGUUUAUUUUGAGCGUUUCAGUAAGUUUAAUUUAUGAAGGGAAAACUUCAUGCCUACCCUGUCCACCUGCGCUACAACAUUAGUCUUAAAAGAACAAUAAAGCCCUGAAAAAGCACAAGCUCUGGGCCAGCCUUUUCUGGCAUCUGUGGAUGUGAUGGCAUCCUCUUAGAUUGACUCACACGUUGAAGAGAAGUACAGGAAUAGGACUGGUUAGCACUGACUGAUGUGUGCCCGGGACACCCUGUGGAACAGGAAGUGAUUGGAGAGGUCAAAGGUCAUUGUCUGUGUUACCCACACAAGGAUGAUGCCACCAUUGGCCACAAGGCGCUCAUCUGAAGCUGGCAAGAAUGUCCUGUCUUUUAAUGGCCUGGAGAGAUAUACUCCCUCUGCUACCACUCUCUCUGUAAGACUAACAGUUAGCUGUCUGUUCUGAAUCCUGGUCGGAGUCACCCCUAGUCCAGCUUAUAUGGUUAGCGCACGCCUAGUGUGCAAGCAUACUAAUAGAACACAUCUAUAGAGCAUGCAAAAAAAACCAGUGGGAUACUGUUAGAUAGACUUGUCAUUUGCAGACAUUGCCAUUUGCAAACCUUUUUGUCUGUUUUUGUUAUUUUUUUUUUUUCUUUUUUGUUUUGAUUUUUUUUUUUUCAUUAAUUCAGAAUUGUUUUGUUUGUUUGAAAGAAGUGUUUAUUGUGGUUAAUUGUUAACUAGUGAUGUGAUUAUUAAACAAUAAAUAAACAUUAAAAAUGUUUAAAAGCA